GAGCAGGCGCCGCCCGUCGGCGUCACUCGCCGUUUCGCGGAGCAGGGCCGGGGCCGCCACCCACCAAAAUCUCUCGUCGCCUUGCGGAUCUUGCAUCGCGCAACCAAACCAGUGGCCAAUCCCCUGCUCCCUCCCAUCGACUCGUGGCAGGAUGUCGGGCGUGGAAGAGAAGCCGGAGGAGAAUCUGCGCUCGAACCUUGCCCUCACAGCUCUUAGCAUCGUCCGUAACCACCAGUACUUAAAGGAGCUUGCUAUGAAGCAGCUCACGUUCCCCGAACUGGUGCGGAGCACGGACAAGAAUGAGCUGGCCGCUAUGCACAAUGAAAAGGUCGAGGCGCUCAUGGUCCACGACCCCAAGAGGCAGGCCCUCGUCGCCGGCCGCUUCUGCAGCUUCCACCUAGCCGGCUUCGACCUCGACCAAAAGUCAAGAGUAGAACUUGGGCCACCGUACGACCCUGCUGUGAGGAAGGGGACGGCUUCAACCAUGAAUGUCAUUUCCUUGAGGGUGGUUAGAGUUGGUCCUGAUUACACAUACCCGGUUGAGGUUUACGGUAGGGUUGUUGCGAGGGAUGAGGUUGACUACAAAUGUGUCUACCUCUUAAACCGUCAAAGGGAGGAUGCCCAGCUCAUCAAUUCGGAGGUACAUUUUAUUUUCCUUAGUUAUGUUUGCUCAUUUAAUUCCAUCUAUAUGUUCAUCGAAUCCAGAUGA